ACAAACAACAAAAGCGAGACAAGCCAGGCAUGCAGCCUGUACAGAGUUAAAAAAUACCAGUAUGGAAUGUGUUUUCCCAUGAUUAAAUAAAUAUAUUUUAUCAAGCAGUUGCGAACUAAAUUUAGUAUUGACAAGUAGUUUUUGCCGUUAAUGUUUCAGGAGCAAGAGAACGCAGUGAAAUUUAUUUCUGGAGAGGAAUUUUCUUCAAAAAUAUAUAGAGCUUUUUGUCUGGCCUAAAAUUAUCUACCCAGUCUGCCAGUCACAGUGCCAGCCAGUGGCAGUGCUGUGUUUGGCCGUGAACCCUACCGUACCGGCGGCAGGUGUGUGUGGGUGUGCAUAUGUAUUCGUUCGGUGACGUUGUUUCCAAAUAGGGAAUCUCAUAAUGGCGGAUACAGCCGCCGAAAAGGCGAAACGUGAGCGAGAAAGGCAUGCUUCAGAAACAAGUGGUAAAAACUCAUCAAUAAAGUUAUCUUCAAAACCCAAAGGCCUGGAUCAAAGCAUGACAACUUCAGAGUUUGAAUCCACCCGUGCUGGGAGCACCAAUAAGCAGAAGAAGAUUGGCCACAGGAGAGUGGACACACAUGGACAGGUUACUUAUAAAAAGACCUCUUCGUCCACUCUUAUGGCCGCCAUUCAACUGGGUAUUGGCCAUUCAGUAGGAAGUUUGUCAGCGAAGAAAGAUCAGAGGGAGAGAGACGUAUUACUGCAAGAUUUCACUGUUGUGGAGAGUGUCUUCUUUCCAAGUGAGGGCAGUAACAUCACUCCUGCUCAUUCAUAUCCUGAGUUUAGAUUCAAAACCUACGCUCCCAUAGCAUUCAGAUAUUUCAGACAACUCUUUGGUAUUCAGCCAGACGACUUUCUGGUGUCAUUGGUCGACAGGACACUGACAGAAUUAUCCAACCCUGGUGCUAGUGGAAGUGUGUUCUACCUGACACUAGAUGAUGAAUUCAUCAUUAAAACUACUCAACAUAAAGAAGCAGACUUCUUACAGAAACUACUACCAGGCUAUUAUAUGAAUCUUGUACAAAACCCCAGGACCUUGCUACCUAAAUUCUAUGGUCUGUACACGUACCAAAGCGGUGGCAAGAACAUUCGAUUUGUAGUCAUGAAUAAUCUCCUUCCUUCUACGUUGAAGAUGCAUCAAAAGUUUGAUCUGAAGGGUUCAACAUACAAGAGGAAAGCCUCAAAAGGAGAGAAGCAGAAGAAAUCACCAACAUUAAAAGAUUUAGAUUUCAUGGAAGAACAUCCAGAUGGGCUGCACCUAGAUGCGUUAACAUAUAAUGCUCUCCUAAAGACGAUACAAAGGGAUUGCAGGGUAUUGGAAAGCUUUAAGAUCAUGGAUUAUAGUUUGCUUCUUGGUAUUCAUAAUGUGGACCAAGAACAACGAGACAGGGUGAAAGAAGGAAGGGAACAUACCGGUACUCCAUCAGGUCUGGAUGAUCUACCACCAGACUACCCUGGAGACCCUGGCACCUAUCCCGAUACACCAAGGACACCUACAGAAAGGACACCUAGAACACCAACUGAAAACAGUAACGGAGAAGAUCCACUCAACUCAUCGUCAGGUUUACCUCCAAGGUUAGAAAGAUCACGUUCCUAUAACAACAGACAGAGAGUAGCAGCCUUCUCAACAACGAGAGAAGCAAUCCAGGGUCAGUCUGAUACAUAUGUAUCAGGAGGAGAGGAUGAACAGAGUGGUGGUAUUCCAGCUAAAAAUUCAAAAGGAGACCGUUUAUUACUCUUCAUAGGCAUUAUUGAUAUCUUACAAUGUUACAAAUUAACUAAGAAAUUAGAACACACGUGGAAGUCAGUGGUACACGAUGGUGAUACAGUCUCGGUGCAUAGACCAGGUUUCUAUGCCAACCGUUUCAAGGAAUUCAUGGCUAAAACUGUCUUCAAGAAGAUACCUUUGAAACAUUCGCCAUCCAAGAAGAGGGGUCAGGCUGGGCAGUACGGUCAAAGUUCCAGGCAGGCAGACAGUAGCGGGACCAAUCGACCAAGGUCACAAACAGAACCUGUACUAUCAGAACCUCAUUCAAAGAAGACACUUCCAACAGAAGAAACAGGUGCCCGUCCAAAGGAGCCCAGACCCGACUUAGUUCCAAGUACCCCACCACUUGGAGGGGAAGCCUCUGGCUACACACCGGCAGUUGAGGUAACGGAGACAUCCGACUCAAGCGGUGCUGAUAAUGCAAUGCCAGCCAAAACAGCAUUCCGACUCAAACAGCAAUCAAAGACUACAACAGGGACCAGCGAAGAUCAGGCUUCACUGUCUGAUAUCAACAUCCAGACCGAUGGGAGUGGCAUAGCCAUGCAGGAGCUUGAGCGAAAGCUAUCAGCGGCACACUUAGAACAGAAUAUAGACUAUACACAAAGGCCGACACUAACAACAAUGUUACCCUUCACCCCGAACCCCACCCCAACCACGUCCCCAACCGUGACCACCCCAUCUGUUUCCCCUCCCCACUCCUACAGUGGCAGCAGCACGCUUGACACCGGUAGCGAGUCCUCCCCUAGGAAGUCCCAUGACCUGAUGCAUGAUUCACCCUACCACCAGUCAGAGUACCACAACAUCAUCCUCAAAGGAAGCCAGGAGAACCUGUCAGAGGGAGGUGCUUUGAUGGCCGAAAAGGGCGACACAAUAAGAGCAGAUUUGGAUAUGAAUGGGCAUUCAAAUCCAGAGAAUGAAGGAAGAACUCAUGAAGCGGAUGGAGGAGAAAAUGUAGAAAUUGAUGGAAAUGUAGAAAUUGAUGGAAAUGUAGGAAGUGUCUGGCUAUGAAGGUCUGGGUGUCACUUCAUAGGUUUCAAUGCCAUUGAGCGUUGCUGUGCUACGCGGUUGUCAUAUUGCAAUUUUGUGACUUUAAAAAAAGCAAUUGCAUCAUUUUCAUUGUGGCUUAGGUAUCCUCAUGUCAGCUAUCAAACCAGUGCAAUGUGAGUGGAUACCUUGUGGUCUUUUACGUCGUUCAGUAAGUGUUUUUGCGGAAUAUUGGUGAAAUCAACCUACGCUUGUCAAGAUUGUCAUGGUGUCGUCCAUCACCAUGAUACUUCAAGAGCAGCCAAGUGCCAGUGGUAUUAUAGAUUGAUAGCAUCAUCAACAUUAUUAACAUUCAAAGUGUGUUUUUAACAAGUGCUCAUAAAAAAGAAAACAUUGAAAGUGCUUAGAUGAACCCUUUAUCCGUGUUAGCAUGACACAGACUAAUCCUGCAUGCUGUUCUCCUUGAUAUCCAGGCCCGUGCAUUAUCUUGACAUAAUUAUUAUGAUGAUACAUUACAUGUAGUUCCCCUUUUGCCCUUCCCCCUCCAAAUAAGAAUGGCUUGUUCAUGUUCCUGGCAUAUUGAGUUGAAUAUCAUGCAACCCUUGAGCCUUGACCUUUAUACUUAAUCCAAUGCUGACCCCAGUAUGACCUUUCCUUGACCAUACUUUAUAAUUGAUUUCUCCCGAAACUUAUGUUUCCCUAAUCCUAACUUAAAGAGCAAGAACAAUAUCUUUAAACAGACCAACCCAAGGGAACAAGAAUUUGGAUGAAACGAUUAUUAUAUGAUUGCAGAUGUUUGUUUAUACUUCAUAUCUGAUCUUAUUAUGGUUAGGUCAUUGAAUUAAUGUGGGAGAUUAUUAUUUCUUUUCUUUUCAUGUAUAUAAUGAUCCUUCAUAAGUAAGAAAGGCUUGUGUGCACUCUACAAGAUUAAAAUGUAUUCUGUAGUUGAGUGAUAUAAGACAAGCCUUUAUUAUGAUCCCACUGGAAACUAUUUCAGAUGAGUAUAGUGCUUUAUUCUGCAAUAUACACUCCAUAAUGCAUUUGGUGCCAAAUGGUUUACCAGAGACAUAGAUUUGAACCAGCUUAUUUCCAUUACAAAUGAAUUGAAUUUUAAAAAUACAACAGUAAAGAUCAGUGCAUUCAUUUGAUAAAAACCUGAAGGAGCUUACCAAUAUUACUGCUAUUUUUUUAAAAUAAUCUUUUCUCUUCUCUCAUCAAACAGAAUUGAACAUAGUAAAAUAUUACAUUCAUGAUCAUAAAUUAAAAAGCGAUAUCAAAUCAGGCAAUCAUGACUAAGAGCCACAAUUAUCAUAAUUUAGUCAGUACAUGUGUUUUUUCCAUCACAAAUUCUAAGUUUCAGUAUGAUAUUGCAUGAUUUUUUUUUCAACUGAAGAUUUUUCUAUACAAAGAAAAUACAACCUUUGGAUCAUUUAUUUUUGCCUUAUUUUGAGUUUCACUUUAUAUCACCCCAUCCCUCCCUGUGAUUAUACUCUUUUGAAGAGUACACUCGUUUCUACAGACAUAUUAUACUUUGAUAACCCCUUGAAAUUCUUUUCAAAUCAAUAACAGUUUUUUUGCAAUAAAUAUGUUUGUGUGCACUCAAUAUGAUAAACAAGAAAAUUUGAUCGAGGAAAGACUAUGGUAGCUCAUCUAUGUAAGAACUGAUAAUUUCACUGAUGUCACUUAUUUGGAUUGGGAAUAUAUUUUUUAAAUAAAAGGUUACUUAAAAGCAUAUAAGGGCAUCAAGGGGGCACUGUUUGAGUGGCUGAAAUUAACCCCCCCCCCAAAAAAAAAGAGUAAUCUUUACUUUUUCAUUAAUUCAGAUGAUAUAUGGUAUAUGAAAGUAAUAACAUCCUUUAUAAUUGAAGCCCAAGAUGAUGAUGUUGCUAAACUUUUUUUUUUAAUAUGAUGCCAUUGCACAGAAAUGUGCUUCAUUACACUUGUUUUUUCCUCCUUAUAACUCAUUGAAUUACCCAAUGAUAUUUUUUCUCAUUUAUCUCAAGUAAUCAUAUAUCAUUUAAAACUUUAAUCAAAACAAGAAACUAUUAUUAAAAGACAACACUGUUGUCCUUUGAUUUUGUAUUUGUAUAUAGAAUAUUCACAAAUAUAGAUGUAUAUACUACAUUUAUUUAAUAUUUCAGUUGUAGUAUUAUCAAUAGUAUUGACUAUGUCAUUAUCUCAAGUAUAUUUUGUGUACAACCAUUUUCUAUGAAGAUGUUGAUGUAUUAUUUUAGUGUUACUUGUUUAUAUUGUUUUACCAUGUGCAGGCGCAUUAAGAAUAGGUCAAACAAUUAUAUUGAUGUUUUUCUUUUCCCUUUCUCUAAUGCUUUAUACAAACUUGU